AUGCGGCGAGACGGAGAUCUGAUCCGGUAUCAGGGGAACGCAGAUGAAGUCGGCUGUUUUGUUGCUGCCAGACCGUUGUCCAGAAGAAAUCGAUAUUUUGAAGUCACCAUUGUGGACACUGGGGUGAGGGGCAUGAUCUCUGUGGGCCUGGUGCCUCAGUCCUACAAACUGGACCAUCAGCCCGGGUGGCUGCCCAAGUCUGUGGCCUUCCACGCAGACGACGGCAAACUGUACAAUGGCAGCACACUCGGACAGCAGUUCGGCUCCAAGUGUUGCCGCGGAGACCGGAUUGGCUGCGGGGUCAGUCCGGACCCAGACGAAGACGUCACCACGGUCUUCUUCACCAAGAACGGCAAAGAGGUGGGCAGUGUAGACGUGGCCCUCUCUCUGGACUCCCUCUUCCCCGCUGUGGGGAUGCACUCUCUGGGGGAGGAGGUGCUGCUGGACCUGAACGCUGAGUGGGCAGCGCAGGAGGACGAGGGCCUGAUGGUGGUGGACAGUCACGAGGAGGACUGGGCCCGGCUGCAUGACGUCAAUGUCCUGGGAACGGCGCUGGAGUACGUCGGCAGGGGGAGGGGCAACAUGGACGUGGGCUUGGCUCAGGCGCGGCGCCCCCUGUCCACGCGCUUCCACUACUAUGAGCUGGAGAUCACCGACCCGGGGGAAAAGUGCUACAUCGCCCUGGGACUCGCACGCAAGGACUAUCCCAAGAACAGACAUCCGGGAUGGAGCAGGGGCUCUAUCGCGUAUCAUGCAGACGAUGGGAAGCUGUUCAGUGGCAGUGGAGAGGGAGAUCCGUUUGGACCGCGCUGUUUUGAAGGAGAUAUUAUGGGAUGUGGCAUCAUGUUUCCACGAGACUUCAGCUGCGACAGCGAAGAGGAGGAAGACGAGUGGGACAUAGAGGUGUUCAAACCCUCGGGCGUCCAGAACGAGCUCUACGUUAACAAUGAGGAGGAGGAAGAAGAACGAGGGGAGGAGAGGGAGGAGGGGAGGAAGGUCAUGGUUUUCUUCACUCGUAACGGGAAAGUGGUGGGCCGUAAGGAGAUGGUGCUGCCCUCCGGAGGAUUCUUCCCCACCAUCGGCAUGAUGAGCUCUGGGGAGAAAGUGCGAGUGGACCUGCACCCUCUCAGCGGCUGA